AUGGCAUUGGACCCGUACUAUGAUAUGAUAGCAGACAUGGCAAGAAAUGGCCUGUCAUCGACAGAGAUUUUGGCGAACCUGGGAGUACAUGGAAGUGGAAAAGGAUUUUCGACAAGAAAUAUCAGGAAAUACUGCGCUGCAAAUGGGAUCAGUUUGGGAAUCCCACACGCACGUCUAGAGCUGGAGGUAGCCCAAGCCAUAAUGGAGACUGGACCAAGUUUUGGAAGAAGAAUGAUGAAGGGGUAUCUUUCCACUAAAAAUGUGCAUGCGGGAGAGGCAAGGAUUGGAUCAGUGCUGAGAACUAUUCAUCGGCCAUACCAUGAAGAUAGACGCCAGGGUUCCAAAAAUCUGAACCCCAUACCAUAUACGGCUGAAUACAUGGUUGAAAGAAUCUGGCCUGAAGUCAACCAAUCUGUUAACUAUCCUCUGAAGACCGCCCUUGUGCAGCUGAUUGAUCAAGAAGAACUGGACAUGGAAAGCAGCCUGGUGAAGUACUGUGUGUCCAAUCUAACUGUUCAGUUGAGCCUAAUUGGUCUUGAAAGAUUGGUCACAACCUGGAACUCCCAUAGGAUCCCAGGAAGGGGGGUGCCAAAGGACUUAGCCGUCACUGGGUGUCCCAAAAGAAUCCCGCCGACUAUCCUACCACACGCAGAUGAAGCAGAAGCCCUUUAUCGGCAACACAUGGGAUCAGCAUUGACCACACAAUCAGCAAGUGCAACAGCUGUGACCGCUUCUCGACCUACUUCUAAAGGCUUUCAACGAUCAAUGUACCUUGCUGAGGUUUCAGACAACCGUCUAAACCCCACAAGAAUGGUUGUCAUUAGAUUUGUUGAAGCUGAAGCAAAUAUUGAGGGUAUUACUGUGAAAAUGCAAGAGGCUAUAGGGGACCACCAGCCUCUCAGUCUUACUGAUCCCCAAGGGAAUUUGAUACUUGACUCGGAGGGAACCAGAGGUUCUCUGUAUUGGAAGCAAAAUGCCCGCCGGAUUUUUGCCGUAAAGGAGUGUGAUUACCAAGAACUAGAGAGGAGGAAGCGAAGGAGGAGGAGUCGAAAAGACGAUGAUGGUGAAGCUCUUGGUGAAGUUGCAGAGAAGUUGGAAGAGUUAGUUCUGGCUGCAAGCCAUCUGCCAGAAAUCACUAACUCAUUGAAGGAGCUCAUGAGUGUUUCAGGCGCACAAAAAGGGAUGUUGAUUCCUUCGCAAUUGCAGACCGUAAAGGAAGGUUUUUCCUGUGUGAUUUGCAUGAAGUUCAUGGAGGAGCCUGUCUUCACUCUUUGUUGCAAAAACCUAAUCGGCUGCAGAGAAUGUAUAGAACAGUGGCAGCAAAAUUCGCCACACUGUGCCAAAUGCCGCCAGAUUACAGAAGUGAGAAGCACAUUCCAAGUGCAUGGUCUGUCAGAUGCACUGGGUGUGCUUAAAGCCAUCUCUGAGGAGUAA